GCGGUGCGCGCGCUCAUUGGCUCGUGCGCAGCGGUCCGAGUGGGUCGGUUCGAGGUUCAGUUAGAUCGGACGUCAGCUCGCAGGAGGGGAGAAGAACACAUGCUUUGCAUCAGACAUGGAGCGAGGGAAUGCUGACACAGUGCGGACAGAAGCUGAGAGCUUCUUUGAUAUGCUGGAGGAGAGGAGGCGGGGCAGUGAUAUAAGCUACGCCCUCCGGACAUUUAACGCCCAACCAUACCGAGGGGCCACGCCCACUUCAACCUGCGCUCUCAACAGGAUGGUGUUAGAAUCGCAGUACCUGAGCUACAUCAUACAGGAGGUCGCGGCUGAGAGCGAGGAACCGCGUGAGGUGAUUCUAGAAGAUGCGACUGGGAUACUGGAUGAGAUGGCUCAGAACCUGCAGCUGCGCUCCAUCCGUCUGCUGGGCUUUAUAAUGAACAAAGUGUUCCAGAGUGUGUUUCGCUCUAUAUAUGUGAACGAGGAAGGACUCACACGGCUCCAGCAGGCCAUUCAGGAGCAUCCUGUUAUCCUGAUGCCCAAUCACAGGAGUUACAUGGACUUCCUCGUCCUCUCUUACAUCAUGUUCACAUACGACCUCUCUGUUCCCGUCAUCGCAGCAGGAAUUCCUCUGAUGGGGAUGAAGCUGUUUGGUGAGAUGUUUCGGCGUGCGGGUGCAUUCUUUAUUCGUCGCGGCAUUGGCUCAGACAAGCUCUACUGGGCGGUGCUUUCUGAAUAUGUCCGAACAAUUGUCCGGACAGGUUAUGCGCCUGUAGAGUUUUUUGUUGAAGGGUUACGGAGCAGAACACUGAAAUCACUUACUCCAAAACUAGGAAUGAUGCAGAUGGUCCUGGAGCCCUUUUUUAAAGGAGAAGUGUUCGAUAUCACUCUGGUCCCCAUCAGCAUCAGUUACGACCGUGUGCUGGAGGAAUCGCUCCUCGCUCGUGAGCUGCUGGGCGUCCCCAAACCUAAAGAGACCACAGGGGGUUUGCUAAAAGCCAGGACUGUGCUGCAAGAAGAUUACGGCUGCAUGCACGUGUGCUUUGGCACCCCUCUGUCCGUAAGAGACCUGAUGAAAGAAAGAGUCAUUCGCGUGCAGUACAAUCUGAUACCCAGAGACCUUCCCAUUAAACCCAAUAAGGAGACACAAGAGUUUGUAUCUGGUCUAGCCCACACGAUUGUCCGUCUGCAGGAGAGAAAUGUGGUUCUGAGCCCCUGGAAUCUGACGGCUGUGGUUCUGCUUCAGAACCUGCAAGGGAUUGAUCUGGACCUGCUGACUCACAGAACACUCUGGCUGAGGAACCUGGUCCUACGGUUCGGAGCUCAUCUCAACUGGCCCAAGCACCUUUCAGAUUCUGAGGUGAUGUCAUCAAGCAUGACCCUGCAUCACUCAGUAGUUCACUGUGAGAAGGGGCGUGUCUAUUUAGUGGAGGAGCUGGGUCCUGGACCUGUCAGUCAAGAGGAGGGCGUUUUAAGACUUGCUGCUGCCGUGCUCGUGUGCGCCUCCUACAGGAAUCCAGCCGUACACGUGUUCACAAGACCUGCCAUGGUGGCAGUCGCUAUGACGACAGCUGUAAAUAACAGGACGGAUGAUAUUAUUCGUCAUUUUAACUUUCUGGUGGAGCUCUUUUCUAAUGAGUUUGUCUUUGUUCCCGGUCAAACCGUUCAGGAUUUCGAGGAGGGCUGUUCUUUACUCCAGCUGGCUGGUGUGAUUGUCCGCUCUGAUGAAGAGAUGCAUGUGACAGAGGGAGGACGGGAAACCAUCGUCUUCCUCAGAGCGAUUCUGCAGCCUUUUAUAGAAAGUUACCAGGUGGUGUUCAGGUACCUGUGUGAGGAGAGCUCACAGACGUUCAGAGAGAAGAACUUCGUGCCCAACGUGCGCAGGUUUAUCAUGAAGCUCCUGAUAGCAGGUGAAGUUCAGUCUUAUGAAUGUUUAUCAUCUGAUGUGCAGAAGAACGCUCUCUCAGCUUUGCUCAGGAUGACUGCUGUGACCAAAACCAAAGUUGAAGAACAGAAUGAGUUCACAGUGAAUACAGCUGCAGUGAAGAGAACAUGGAAUUUUUUAAAUAAUGUAUUGACCCCUCGGAUCAGUUUAGACGCCAGACUGUGAUGAAAACAACGUGAUGACACUCGUUCCGUCUUUCACAACUGGACAACCACUCAUGGUCACCUGCGUUUUCGGACACAACUGAAUGUGGUUUGAGUGAUUAGACACCUGUAGUAUAUUUGGUGUUGUCCAUCUGUGAUCAAAUCACCCAAAAUAAUGCAAGUUGUAUCCAUAUCGGCUGAACCCGUUUGUGUUAACUGGAGUUGGACAAAAAGAUUAAACCUAAAGAAGCUGCUAUAGAUGAAUGACAUCAUUUAUCAGAUUGUAUAGGACAUGUGAAUAUCGCAUAGAUAAUCAUUUACGUUUUAAAAUGACAAAAUAAAAGGAUUUGAUUUUAUCUUAUAUGUAUUAUUUUAAAGAUGAAUACUUAACAUGCAGUUAGCAUGUUUUAAUAUGGAUAUUCAAAUAACUGCAUCAAUAAAGAAAGCCAUUAUUUUUAUUGAUAAGUUAUGCAUAUUCCUUUCAAUGAUUUGUUUAACUACAGUUUAAAAAGAUGGGACAAAAGUCUUUGAUGAAUAAUGAUAUAAAGGAGCUAUUUAAACCCCACCAUGACCCCCUCUUACAUUGUCUCGAAAGUACUAUAAUGCACUAUUUUAUCUCAUUUUGUAGUAUAAAUAUUGUUUGUAGUGUUCACAUAUAGAUCAGUGUGUACACGUUGAAAAUUCAAUCAGCCAAUCAGAAACGUCCUUUGUCUGUCAGCGUCCACUGUCUUUUUACAAAUAAUGUCCAGUCUUUUUCCCCUGAUAUCUCCUCCGCUUCACUGACGUGAUCGCAUCCUGACAAUAUUCCGCCAGCCAUUCCUCCACCUGUUCUCCUUCUUUCUGCAUCGCCUGCCUCUGCCUCUCCUGGUUUUUCUCCCAUUCCUCCUUCCUCUCUUUAACGUUCAGCCAUCGCUGUUGCUUCCACCGCACCGUGGAAAGCAGGAGAAACAGCGCCCCCUGCAGCACGUGCCGCACACAGACACACAGAGUCGAAACUACCGACAUCAAGUGCGCGCAAGAUUCCGAAAACAAACACAGUCCCUCGCAGAAGUGAACAGCAAUGUUAGUUGAACGUUCUUCCGGUGAAAUAUCAACCGUAGUUUGACGCACACAUUCUAGGAACUGUCGCAUGGCCCGGCGCAGGGGUAAAAGCACCAGAUACAGCUGACACACAGCCACGGUCAACGAGUGAAGAACCAGACGACAC